AUGGCUGGGCUCGGUAUAACGUCUGAAAAGGCAGCAGUCGUCGUCGAAUUCGGAUCAAGAUACACGAGAAUAGGCUUCAGCGGAGAGACCGGUCCUCGAGCCAUCUGCAGAACUCCGGAUGACUUUUCAACUGCGUCCGUUGAUGAAAUCGGCGAAUUUCUUCUCUGGCUUUAUAACCAGCAGCUUCAAAUCUCCCCACGUGAGCGAAGGCUACUUGUUGUCGAAGAUAUCAACCAACGCAAGGACUUUCGAGAGAAUAUAGUUGAAGCCGCGUUAACUCGAAUUGCGCUACCGGGCUUGGUUUUUGUUCCGCGACCAGUAGCAGCGAUUACAGCUACUGGUAUUAACUCCUCCACGGCUAUAGUGGCUCAACUUGGAUGGAGCGGGCUAAACAUAACUAGCGUGAUUCACGGGGUUCCAGAGAUUUGGAAUCAACAAGAAAGCACCAUUGGCGGAAAACACCUUGUCAACGAAUUCCGAAAAACUGUAGACCCGGGUAACUCCGUUUCCACUGACUUCUUGGAAGAUGUUAUAAGCAGAUUAGGCUUUUUCCGAUCAAGAGCGCAUCUAGUCAACCCACCAGAGACACUGGAAAAGCAGGAUGAAAAAACAAUACCCAUCGACGUAGACAGUGAAAAAGUGUUAAAUGUAAAGCGGUCUACAGUUCGAGAUACUGUCGAGUUACUUCUCGAUCGCCGCGCUGAAGAUGAGACGAUCACAACGAAAAUUUUAGACCUUCUAUUAGAAAGCCCGAUUGACAAUCGUCGAGCAUUAGCUGCACAUAUCAUUUUGUCUGGGGGCCUCGCCAAGCUGAAAGGAAUCGGUAGAAGAUUGCUUGAAGAAAUAAGAGAACAGCUAAAGGAGGAAAAGUACAAGAAACUCAAAGACUUGAGGUUUUCAAUUGUUAAAAUGCCCGCGCAAUCAAAUUGCAUUUGCUGGCUUGGCGGCGCGCUGUAUGCGAGUGGAGAGUCGACGUGGAGAAUGCAAAUGGAUCUCGCAAACUGUGCACUCAACAAGGACGAAAUCAAAGAAGAGAGCAGCUCCUCUAAGAUCGACACGACGCGCAUUCCCGACUGGUACGCCGGUGCUGCCGAUCUUCCAGAGCCAAAGCAGAAGAUUUCGUCACUCUCAACAGUGACACCGUCGUUUACAACCAUGAAUUCACCCAUAAGACGCAUGCUUCAAAUCUCCAAUAUUCCAAAAUAA